AGGGACGUGAGUCCUCUCCCACUCCACUACCCACUCCACAGCCGACUUCUAAAUUGCGGAAGAAUUUGGGAAAUUCACUUUUCUAGUGCAACUGCAUGCUACGAGUGAUAUAGUACCUACCAAGAAGGUUCAAUUUCCUUCCCCUGUCUAAAAAGGGGGGGAAAAAGAAGAAGAAGAAGUAGAAGAAACGCCCAUCACGAAGUCCCUCUUGUCGAUUUCUUGUGUAGCAAUUUUUUGUUGCUGCUGCCAAUCUAUUUGAUUAAUUCAAUGUAUGAAAGCCGACAAAUUGAAUAAAGAAAAGGACAAUACAAGUUUUAAUAUGGAGGAGAGCAAUAACAGAAGCCAAUUCAAGAGAAUCUGUGUGUAUUGCGGGAGCAAUCCAGGCCACAGGAAAGUAUUCAGUGAUGCUGCUGUUGAAUUGGGGAAUGAACUGGUGAGAAGAAAGAUAGACUUGGUAUAUGGGGGCGGAAGUGUUGGAUUGAUGGGAUUGAUUUCCCAGAGAGUUUAUGAUGGAGGUUGCCAUGUUCUUGGGGUGAUUCCAAAAGCUCUCGUGCCUAUUGAGAUAUCUGGUGAAACUGUUGGGGAUGUGAGAAUCGCCUCCAACAUGCAUGAGCGCAAAGCUGAAAUGGCUAGACAUGCUGAUGCAUUUAUUGCUCUUCCUGGGGGAUAUGGAACUAUGGAAGAAACACUGGAAAUGAUAACAUGGUCACAACUUGGCAUCCAUAAAAAGCCGGUAGGUUUAAUUAAUGUGGAUGGCUAUUAUAAUUCCUUGCUGGCAUUGUUUGACAAUGGAGUUGAAGAAGGCUUCAUCAAGCCAGGUGCUCGGCACAUAGUCCUCGCUGCUCCUACAGCAGAAGAACUUCUAGACAAAAUGGAGCAAUACACCCCUUCUCAUGAUCAUGUUGCCCCUCAUGAAAGCUGGCAGCUGGAGAAACUGGGUGACUAUCCAAGUGAGCAGAGUCCCCAAUGAAAUCCCUGUUUGUGGUAGGCCUAUGUCAAAAAUAGAUUCCUGAUGUGAUUUGACCAUCAUUUGAGUUUUGUAUGAGAUUCUGGUUCUUUGGGGCCACAUAUAACUAUAAUUACUAGGUGCCCCUUUCAUUUUUUGUGGUUUACAUUUAAUUAGAGUCGGCAUUCCUGAUUUGCACAGCCAAUUCUGGAUUGCAAUGUUAGAAUGCUCAAUCAGUAAACUGUUCAGUAGUGAUGUUGGCUGUUAGCCUUUGCGAUGCACAUUUGAUGGAAGAGCUAUACAACUGUUUAAAAACAGAAUGUUACAGUGGCA